GUUUCUCUAUAUAUCUGUGAGGAAAUCUAGACUGCAUCAUGUUUAUGGUCACACGCUUUAGAGGGAACAUCAUGAGGUUACAGUUCUAUCUUCUCAUAUGGGCUCAAACUGUAGAUGCUUUGAUGGAUAAACUAACAGAAUUGGGAAAGAAUGUGACUAUAAACUGUGAUCUAGAUGUGAAAGAGGUUAACUGGUUUUUACUAAAACUACCAGAUCCAUCAGUUAUGAUAUUGCGCUCCAUGAAACAUGAACCUUUUUACUACAAUGAAACAUUUACACAAAAAUAUUUUAUUCAAUCAAAACAUCAACUGUUUAUAAAUAAUGUCACUCAUGAGGAGAUAGGAGUUUAUUACUGUAUGAACACAGACACAACAAGCAAACUAUUCAGUGCCACAAUAUUACACAUCACUGUGUCAACUCCAGAAAAACAAAAUAAUACAGAGACGAAGUUAACUGAGCAGCCAUCUGAAAAAUGGCUAAUUAUAUCCAUCAUAUCUGCUACGUUAAAUGCUGUUUUGGUCAUUGUGAUUAUAGGACUAACGAAAGUGUUUGUGUGUGGAAGUAAGACAACCAGCAAAACCCCAAAAACUCAGGAUAACCUGCAACAACCUGAAGAUUCGGGGCAGUACGCUGAGGUGACUUUCACCACACACUGCAAGCCCACCCAAAUCAACAGCACUUAUGCACUUGUACAGCUGCCUACAUCACGAACUUGUAACAACAAAUAACUUUAUUUAGUUUCCUAUUUCGUUAUGAUUUACUUUGUUGUGCUCUGUAUGUAAAUGUAAUAAUGUGUUAUUAUUAGAUAUGACAUCGCUGUGGGAGCGGAUGUUUUAGAAAUAACAACGGAAGUUGUGCUUAACAUGUUCUUUUAAUAAAGAGUCACAUGGGACACGUAAAUAAAUGAUGACUACAUUUUCCUACGCUUUUAGAUAAAAAUGGCUCAUAGCUGUCACUAUAG